UCGUUUCCCUCUCCCUCUCCCUCUCUCAUUUUAUGCACACCCGCGCCUCUCUUCAAAAAAAUAUCGCUCGCGCACUGUCUCUCUUGUUCUCCUUUCGUCCUGGAUUGUUCCUUUGCUUCUGUUUUUGUUUUCGGUGAAGCUUGAGGAACACCGUUCGUCCUGAAUCGCUGUUUCGAAGGUGCUCGGCUGGGAGUAAUUUCGCUAAUCGAUCAUGGGUUACGAAAACGAUCCGAACCGAGAUGAAGAUGGAGAGCCGUUGAUGGACUUCGAUGACGAUUUCCAAUCUGAUCGGGAUGAGCCUCGGCACCAUCUCUUGGACGAUGAAGAUGAUACCAUGUACAAUCACCGGGAGCGGUCGCCAACUCCAGUGUACGAUGAUUUGAAGGCAAAGCCCCGGAAGAGGUUGAUAAAAAAAUCCGCGCCCCUUGAAGAUCCAGGUCCAGUGGAUUAUGGAUUGGAUGAUAAUGAGGUUGAUGAUAGAGAUAACAUUGGUGGAGUAGUGAGAGAGAAUUAUUCAGAUGGAGGAAAUAAGAAAAGGGAGAGAGGGGAGAAGAGGAACGGUAUUGAGAAGAGGAGUAAGGGAGAGAAAGGGGAGAAGAAGUUAAAGUUGAGGAAAAAUGGAGGUUCUACAACGAGGAAUCGUGAAGCGGAUCCAGAGAUGAAGGAGAUGUGGGAUACCAUAGCGGGUGGUCAUUCAGAGGAUGAUCAAGACGGUGUUCGGACUGUUGAUGAUGACAACUUCAUAGAUGAUAGUGGUGUGGAUCCUGCCAAUCGGUAUGGAAGUGACAAUGAACAUUCACCAAGUCGUGCUCCCCAGGCGGAAGAGGGUGAAGAAGAUGAAGAAAUCAAAGAGCUGUUCAAGGUGGGCAAGCGGAAGAAGAAAAAUGAAAAAAGUGCAGCAGAAAUUGCACUUCUUGUAGAAAAUGUGAUGGCAGAAUUGGAAGUUGUAGCAGAAGAAGAUGCGGAGCUGAAUCGGCAGGGUAGACCUGCUAUAAGCAAGUUGAGGAAACUGUCUCUUCUAACUGAUGUGCUUUCCAAAAAACAACUUCAGCAAGAAUUUCUAGAUCAUGGAGUUUUAACUUUGCUAAAGAAUUGGCUUGAACCCCUACCAGAUGGAAGCUUGCCAAACAUAAACGUCCGAGCUGCAGUUUUGCAGAUCUUGAGUGACUUUCCCAUUGAUCUAGAGCAAUAUGAUCGUAGAGAACAGUUGAAGAAGAGUGGCCUCGGAAAGGUGAUUAUGUUCUUGUCAAAAUCAGAGGAGGAAACUACCAGCAAUCGCAAACUUGCUAAGGAAUUGGUUGAUAAAUGGAGUCGACCCAUCUUCAAUAAGAGCACCAGGUUCGAAGAUAUGAAGAAUUUUGAGGAAGAAAGGCCUUUGAAGAGGCCUUCUGCUAAAAAGGCAAUGAAUAAAGGGGCUGGAAUGUCAUCUCGAGAUGAUGACCUUGAUUUAGCUGGAUAUUCACAGAGCUCGAAAUCUGGCCAGUCAUCUUCCAGGCAGCAUGCCUCAAGGCCAGAAGCUAUGUCGAUGGACUUUGUGGUUCGUCCUCAAUCCAAGGUCGACCCGGAAGCAAUUAAGGCCAGAGCUAAACAGAUGGCACAAGACCAGCGCCGCGCAAAGAUGAACAAAAAGUUGCAGCAAUUGAAAGCACCGAAGCGGAAGCAGCUACAGGCAACGAAACUCAGCGUGGAGGGGCGGGGCAUGGUCAAGUAUCUGUGAUUGGUCCGGGCAGGGGAACGUGUUCUUCUUAAAUUUUGUUGCGACUUACUGUUGUUGGAUUUUAUGUUUGUUUUCUGGAUUGAAUAAUCUGUUAGUCAUGACAAAAUAAGUGAAUAAAAAUAUUAGUAUAAUGCA